GGAUAGGCAAACUGGAUCUGACUCGGAAGUUGUAGAUGAUCCAAUGAACUGUAGCACAGAAUAUGGUUCUAUGUCCGAAUCUGCAGAUGAUAUAGAACCAGAAGAAAGUUCCAGCAGUGAAAUGUCAUUCCAUCUCUGCAUAACUGAUGAACGGGGUGUGAAAUGCAGGCCGAUUCUGAAUAACACACCAAUAAAACUUGGACCUGGUGUAAAGGUAUAUCUGGACUGGACUGAAAAAGAGUAUGAAUCAUUUGAUGCUAGUUAUCUAAAGGAUCUUCCUGAUGUACACAAAAGCGGACCUGCUGCGCAAAAAACAAAGCCAGAAGCUAUCUCCUUAUUUUCCUGUUUGCAGGCAUUCUUGAAGGAAGAACCAUUGGGGCCUGAUGAUAUGUGGUAUUGCCCUAGCUGCAAAGAACAUAGACAAGCAACAAAGAAGUUAGAA